AUGGUUGCUUCAGAGGAAAUUCCUAAAGAUAUUCAUUUUAAUAUGUGGGAUGAAGUAGAAGACUAUUUUAAUGAAUACGGAGCAAGAAAUAGGUUUGCAGUUACUAAAUAUCAGAUGGAGCGAAAUAUCUUAGGCCAAAUUCAUAAAAGAACCUUCUAUAUUAAUUUAUCUAUUCUGGAACAAGCUACGCAAAUUUCAGUUACAACAUUUGUCAAUCAACAUAAUCAUACCCUUGUUCCUGAAACCCAGAAUUUUGGAGUAAAAUAUAAAACAUUAUCUAAAGAGGCUCUUGAUAAAAUAAAUAUAAUAACAAGACAUAUAGCUAAAGAUUAUCUUUUACGUGUAUUGGAUCUGAGGAGUCGUUUAUGGGCUCGAGCUUAUCUUUACAGAAUAUUCAUAACAGGUAUUGAAAGUACAGCAAGAGUUGAAAGUUAUAAUUAG